UAAAGGAAACAGUCAGGAAACUCGCCAGCCAAGUGGGUGGGGUGGAAAUCAACAAAAAUUUCAGAUCUUUUCUCUUCAAAUUUACAAAUUACAAAUCCCACUCUCUUUCCUCACACAUCUGAAUCUCAAACCAAGGAAUUCCCUUUCUAUCUCUCCAUAAUUGGAUCAACCAUCACUUCCACUGAUCACUACUCUUUCUCUCUUUGUUUUCAACUAAAAAUGGCUAUGAUGGAACAUCAUCGAUGGUCGGAUUUACCUGAAGAAUGCUGGGAACUCAUCUUCUUCCGUCUCGGACACCAUUCUCACUUCGAAUCUCUCUCACUCGUCUGCAAGCGUUUCCUCUCAAUCACCAACCGGAUCCGCAACACUUUCACCAUCCUCGACCCAACAAUACUCGUCCACGGUACACUCUCUCCCUUCUUCACUCGAUUCCGUAACAUCACAUCCAUCUCUCUUGUUCAAUUUCCCGGCGAUCUCAACUCGUGUCUCCUCCAGAUAGCCGUGUCAGGUUUGGAAAUCGAAAACCUAGAUCUUUCGAAUAACCAUUCACUCCCUGUAGAUGGGUUGUCGCUGUUGGGGGAAAACAUGAUGAGAUCUUUGAGGGUUUUGAAUUGUUCACAUAUGGGAAUUCUUUCUGAUAAGGAAUUAACUGUUAUUGCUGAUUCAAUGCCCUUUUUAGAAGAACUUGAUAUUAGUCAUCCUCGCGAUCUUCUCGAUUUCUCUCAUACAUUCUACCUUCCAUCUCUUGAUCCUAAAGAAACUAGGGUUUCGGAUGUUGGAAUUGAGCGAUUGGCUUCCCGAGUUACUAAUUUGCGGAAAAUCAACAUUUCAGGCCACCAAUUUGUUACAGAUAAAUCGAUUAUAUCGAUUUCUUCAAACUGCAUUCACUUGACUGAGAUUAAGUUACUUUAUUGCAGUUUGAUUACCCAUUCCGGUUUGCAUUUUCUGGUUAAUAAUUGCGCCAACUUGAAUUCUCUAUCGGUCGAGGGCAAUCAAUUUUCCCAUUCAGUUUUUCCAAGUCAAUACUUGUUUAGUUCAUCUGCUAAACUCUUGUCAUCUCUUCACAUGUACAAUUUGAUUGUCUCUGAUGAGUUUCUAUUCUCCAUUGCCAAUGCUGGUUUUCCUCUAAAGAAGCUAACACUCUCUUAUUGCUCCAAAUUCACAUUUUCCGGCCUAUCGUUUCUCUUAAGAACCCAUCACUCUCUCGAGUAUUUCUCUUUGAUCUCGGUGAUGUUCCUUGACGAUGCAUUAAUGGUCGAGUUAUCUAAACACCUCAGCUGUUUGAUCACACUAAAGCUCAAUUCUUGCUAUAACCUAACCAAUUGGAGUCUCUAUAUUCUCGCGAAAAACUGCCCUUUUCUCGAGAAUAUUGAUAUGCAAGGAGCGAAAGUCGGGAAAGGAUGCUUCGAAGCAAACUUCAAGAAAAACCCGCGAAUUAAAGCUCUCGACUUGGCUAGAAACGUUGAUCUAAGCGACGAGUGUCUAAUCAGAUUGGCGUUGAUCUUCCCUGGAGUAGAGAAAGUCGACGUUUCGUCGUGCCCGAGAAUAACCGAGAAGGGUGUUUUGGGAUUGUUGAAUAAUUGCGGUGAGAUUAGGGAAUUGAAUAUUAGUGAUUGUAAAGGGGUGACGAGUAUUGGGAUGGGACCUGUGCUUGAGAAAUUGGAAGUUAUUCGAGCGUUGAGAUCUGAGAUGGAUGAUGUAGGGUUGUUCAUGAUCGGAGUUAGAUGUCGUGGGCUAGUGAGUUUGAAUGUGAAAGGUUGUGUGGAAGUUACGGGAAAAGGAUUGGUAGAAGUGUCAAGAAAGUGCUUGAGAUUGAAAGAGAUUAAUGUGGAUAGAUGUUCACGGGUGAGUAGAGAAUCGGUUGAUUGGAUAGUGUUUUCGAGGCCUUCUUUGAGGAAGAUAAUUGCUCCUAGUGAAUCUUUUGUUACUCCUAACCAGAGGAAAUUGUUCUUAAGGCAUGGGUGCUUUAUUGGUUAGAAGAUGAAAUAGGAUUAUUUUCUGCAAUGACUACGGAUUAUCUUGUUUGUGUUAUCUUUUUUCCUUGGUGAAUAAAUCUUGGUCUUUAAGAAGAAAUAGGAAGAAUGUGAUUUAUUUUUUUUGUUUUGGGUUUUUUCCUUUCAUAUUGUUGAUCUAUUUUUAUAUUUGUGUUGUUUAUGAAAUUGGGUUUUUUUCUCAAGAAUUGGUUUUACAAAAGUUAUGAAAACUUGUAUGAAUUGACAAGUAUAAGCUUGUAUAA